AUGGAUGCCGAAGAUGGAGCACUUCUUCGACCAGCAAUGGAAGGAUCAAGGCAUGUACCACUUGAUCAAGCUGUUCGAUCGGCCGCUCGUCAUGGACCGGUCGCUCUUGGCCUCGGCCAUAUGCUUAGGGUCAUCGACCACAAAUACUAUGAACCUCCAGUUUGGCAUGAUGACGCCAACCGUUCUAGACAUGGCCGCCCUAUUCGGCCUCUCCCCUCUUGCCGUGGAAGUAAACGCCACUCUGGUCACCCCUGA